AUGCCUGAAAUAAAGGCCCGUCCCUUCGACAACAUCACCCUGCCGUGCCGCUUCUCCUUCGUGGACGGCAUCGACGGCUUGUCCUUCACGUGGGAACGGGAAGACAUCAAGGAAGAGCACGAGGUGGAGGAUAAGGAUUUUUACAAGUUUUUCGUGGCCCUCCAAGACUUCUACCAGUUUUACCCAAAGAUGAUAUACAGCUUUGCGGAGAACACGGAGCAGCCGGACGAGCGGAACUCUCUGUACGAAGGGAGAAUCUGGGUGGACGAUGACGAAAUUUCGGAGGGCAACCUGGACCUCGUAUUGGAGCAAGUGCAGUUUUCGGACGAGGCUUUCUACAUCUGCAAGGCCAAGAACUCCAGGGGGGCCGGGCAGAGGAAGGUGAAGCUCAUUGUGGAAGAUGCAGAGGAGCCGCAGGUGCAGUUCAGCACCGUCAACGACACCCUGGUGGCCAAGUGCAUCUCCUCCGGCUGGUACCACAUGCCGAAGGUGACCUGGCGCAACCGCCGGGAAGAGAACAUCUCCAGCUACGCCGUCACAGAGAUCCUGGAAGAGAAGCAGGACGGGUCCCACCGGGUGGUUUCCAUCUUGCACUACCCCGUCUUGCUCCAUGAGAUCUAUACUUGCCAUAUCGAAGAGGAAGAUGUGCUCAACAGGCCUGUGAGGUCUAUCCACAAAGUCCCGACUCAGAAGCUGAAUCUCUUGUGGGCAUCCAGGCCCGAGUUAAACAAGUCUGCGGCCUCCUGUGGGGCAGCUAUUCGCAAGCACAACAGAACAGAGAAAGUGGCCCAUGGCGAGCCAUUGGUAUGA